AUGGCUUCUUCACCCCCCAAGACCUACAGAGCAAUCCAAUGUGCCGCACCUCAGAGUACCUGGGACGUCAUUACGUUAGAGCUGCGUGAUCCCGCACCGACAGAGGUACUCGUGCGCGUGCACGCGUCUGGGAUCUGCAACUCCGACCACUUCGUCAAGGAUGGCGCCUGGCCUGGCCUUCAGUACCCGCGCAUCCCGGGCCAUGAGAUCAUCGGCCGUAUCGCCGGCGUGGGCUCGGAGCUACUACAAAGCCCGGUGAACAAGGAGCGUUUCGCCAUAGGUGCCUUGGUCGGCGUUGGUUGGAAUGGCGGCUACUGCAAUCAGUGCGAUUACUGCCGGAAAGGACAGUUUUGGACCUGCCGCAACGUGGAUUACACUGGGUUUACGAUAGAUGGUGGUCAUGGGGAGUAUAUGUACGCUCCUUACACGGCUAUCAUCGACAUUGCCGAGGAUGUGCUGAAGACAGCAUCCUAUGCUGAACUCGCUCCUCUCUGCUGUGCCGGGGCGACUGUAUUUGAUGCCAUAAACACGUCGAAGUGGUCUCCGGGCGACAUCUGCCUCGUCCAGGGAGUAGGAGGACUAGGCCACCUUGCGAUUCAGUAUGCGAACAGACUAGGAUUAAAGGUGUAUGCUGUUUCGUCGGGUUCUUCUAAACGGGAUCUCGCAUUGUCCUUGGGGGCCUGCGAAUACAUUGACUCGAGUAAAAUCGACGUUGUCGAGUACAUGUCGUCUCUUGGUGGUGCGAAUCUCAUCCUAUGCACUGCGCCUUAUUCCAAGGCCAUCAAUGCUAUUAUACCGGCUGUUACGAAGAAUGGGACGAUCACUUUGGUCUCUGCCGCUACGGAUGGUCCAAUCCAAGUCGAUAAUCUCCUCCUCAACAUGAACCGUGCUACCCUACGUGGCUUCGCUUGCGGCUGUGCACCAGACAUGGAGAAAUGCAUCGAGUACUCUGCCACCAAUAAUGUGAAGGCGAUGAUAAAAGUAUUCACGAUGGACGAAUUCACGCAGGCAUACAACGGUGUCAUGGACAGCACAGCCAAAUUUCGACAUGUUAUCGUGUUUCCAUAG